AUGGUGCAAAAUGAUGCAACGGUAUCCUCAUCUGGGAGUUUGUCGGAAGCCUUUUCCAGAAAUGGCCAAGCGCACAAUGGGACCAGGAAUGCAACGCUUUACUUCGGUCAUGGGAACGUGACACUUUUUGGAAUCGCUGUUGUAUAUUUGCUGCUUUCCGCAAAUAUCAUACACUACUUUAUCGGUCGUUUCACUGCAAUUCCUGCUAGCAUGUGUAUGGUAAGUAACCUUCAUCCAAAUUUUUGCCGGAAGAAUCGUUUCAGA